GCGGGAGCAACGGCGCAGAGGGGUGACGGAGUCUCUGUCAAACGUCGCCUAGUUGCUCUCAUCCCUUGGUUUGACGGUCGGAGACUAGGGAAAGGAGAGCCACCCGCCAAAUGAGGAAGGGCCGGAGGCUGAGUCUGAGAGGCUCGGCGACCGUUAGCGGUUCCCGAAGAGCGGCAGAACCUGAAUCGAAGAAAAAGAAGAAAUUAGUAGCUAUCCAUCAGGCUCUGAAUGUUGACCCAGUGGAUGUGGAAACUCUCCGGCAAUCCGCCAUUAGCGAGGGUGGGCUCCUGACCGAUGACAUCCGCAGGAAGGUCUGGCCAAAGCUGCUGAAUGUAAAUGCUUAUAACCUACCUCCAAAACCAGGCAAGGACAUAAGGGAAGGCCACAAAGACUACAACCAGGUGCUUAUGGAUGUACAACGGUCACUACGCAGGUUUCCACAAGGCAUGAGUCCAGAGGAACGUGGAGUUCUGCAGGAGCAACUGAUCAACGUCAUCCUAUAUGUCUUACAGAGGAACAUACAGCUUCACUAUUAUCAGGGCUAUCAUGACAUUGUCGUGACGUUCCUCCUGGUUGUCGGUGAAAGGAUGGCCAUUGCACUCAUGGACAUACUGUCUUCCCAUCAUCUCAGGGAUUUUAUGGAUCCCACAAUGGACAGCACGAAACACAUUCUAAACUACCUAAUGCCAAUUCUGCAGCGGGUGAACCCACAGCUCCAUGACUUUAUACAGAGGGCUGAGGUUGGCACCAUCUUUGCCCUGAGCUGGCUGAUCACCUGGUAUGGUCACGUCCUCUCCAAGUUUCGCCAUACUGUCAGGCUCUACGACUUCUUUCUGGCAAGUCACCCAUUGAUGCCUGUCUACGUUGCGGCAGCGAUUGUACUGCACAGGGAGGAAGAAGUACUAAAAUGUGACUGUGACAUGGCCAGCGUCCAUCAAUUAUUGUCCAAGAUACCGCAGGACCUUCCUUACGAGACACUGAUCAUCAAAGCGGAGGAGCUGUUUUCCCACCACCCACCCCUUGAGCUUGCAAAACAAGCAGCACUUCAACUACGCAAAAGCAUUGCCAUCAGCACCUUCCAGGACUUCCAGGUGGCUACAUCUCGGCAGCGUCCUGAUGCUGUGCUCCGUGAACAGUUCAAGGAGAAGCCUCGCCUGCCCCCUGCUGAUGCUGACGCAGCAGCUCUUCCAGUGGGGGCCAACCAACUGGUCAAGGUGGCAGUGUGGGGACUGACGGCAACCCUGGGAGCAGCUGCUUUGGCUGUGGUCAACACGGCAGUGGAGUGGGCUCCGGAGUUUGUUUUUCAACUGUUUCCAUAACGAGUGACUGAGGCAGCGGGAAUGUGUGGCCUGCAAUCUGCUGCAUUGAGAAACACCUCUUAGUUGAAACACAGUGAUUGGAACAAGGAGCCAGUAGUGCGCUGUGCCAAAAACUUGUACUGGGAGCAAUAAGUGUGGUCUUUACAUUAACUAUUUCCAACAUCCUUCAAAAUAGGAGGACACUGGAGAACCAGCCAUAAACCCUGCCAACUCCCUGUCUGGGAAGCACCCCUCUAGUUCACAGAAUCCCUACAGUGGGGAAACAGGCCAUUCAGCCCACCAACUCUCCAAAGAGCAUCCCAACCAGAUUCACCUAGCUACUCUGUCCCUGU